UCCACCCUAUAGCGGAUCGCCUUAGCCCUGCCUCUCUCUCACCUCGAUCCGCGUCGCUGUUGGGGCCUUCCGCCUGCUUCUUCCGCCACCGUGCCUCCCGCUUCCGCCCUUCGCCUCCACUCUCCGCUCCGUCCUCCGCAUCCCCCGUUCCGCGCGUGUCCGCAUUUCGCCAUGAGCCUCUCCGCAACAGCCGCCACCCUGCGGCGGGAGCUGCAGGCGCAGCGCGCGAGGCAGCUGUACCGCCGGUCGCUCAAGAACACGCUCAGCUGGGCGAUCUUUCGCGACAUCUACUACGACGAGGCCGACAAGCUUCGCGCGCUGUUCGAGGCGAACCGACAUGAGACAGACGCGGAUCGCAUCGAUCGGCUGCUGGCAGCCGGCGAGGCAAAGCUGAAGGCCAACCAGCAUCCCGACCCGUACCUAGUGCCGUGGGUCUACGGCGGAUCUAAGUAUGCUCGCAACCCUCCCUUUCCUCAAGAGAUUAGCAUUGUGCAUGGAUUUGGCAAGGAGGAGCACUAGCACCAUCAUUUGAUUCGAGCAUGAUAAAUUGGAGCACAUAUCUGUCUCUCUAGGCAUGCUUUUAUGUCGUUGUUUGUCCGUAGUUCGAGUGGGCAUUGUGGUGGUGUAAUUGACGAUUGGAGCUGAAAUACAAUCUGGGUUUCUUUGCUUUAUGCCAUUCAUUCUUAGGGCCUAGUUGUGCUCUUUGCUCUCAUCUACUGCUCUGCUGUGCUCAUCUCAUUCUCCCAUCGCAUUCUCCUACUCUUUUCAUCUCCUCUUUGUCUCAUGCCUCUUUAAUCCCCCCACUACGACCCCUUCCCUCGUGCCUCUUUCCCAUCUCUCUCCAUCUCUCCUCCCCCUCCCCAUCUCCACCCAACCGUCAAUGCUGCCAUAUCACCACCCUCUAGCGCCAGCAGCAUCAUCAGCCACGCGCAUAUUCCCACCCUUUCCCCCUCCCCCUCACAUGCACCUAUACACAGCCGCUCAUCCGCACUCACAUCACACCUGAUCACCAGCUCAGGUCUUUGCAGUACUUUUAGCUCUGCGGGUGGUAUUGCCAGUAGCAGUGGCGGCAGCAGGAGAAGCAUCAGCGGCAGCAGCAGCAGCAGCAGCACCAGCACCAGCAGCAGCAUCAGCUUCAGCAGAAGCAUCAGCAGCACCACCACCACCACCACCACCACCACCAGCCGCAGCAGCAGCAAGAAGAAAUCAAAGCCCGACCC